GUCAUCUUGCCCCAUUUGCUCCUUUUAAGCCGGCGUUUUUGGGAGGGAGGUCCCUGCGAGGCAUAUACAAACACUCAGUCAAGCAUCCCCACUCACCCCACACACUGCACCGGUGGCCAGCAGAGAACUCACCUAUUCCUUCACACAGAACAGGAAGUUGACGUGACCUGACAUCAAGAUGGCAACAAAGGCACCAGUUGGCAUGGCUAACAAAGGUCCAUCCUACGGCAUGAGCCGGCAGGUCCAGGAUAAGAUCGACAGCAAGUACGACCCUGAGCUGGAGCAGAUCCUGGUGGAGUGGAUCAACCGUCAGUGUGGCUCUGGAGUGGGAAGGCCGGAGCCUGGCAAACUGGGCUUCCAGGCCUGGCUGAAGGAUGGAUGCAUUCUGAGUGAGCUAAUCAACACCCUGUUCCCCGGAGACAAACCAGUGAAGAAGAUCCAGAGCUCGCCCAUGGCCUUCAAGCAGAUGGAGCAGAUUGCCCAGUUUCUCAACGCUGCAGAGAAGUAUGGGGUCACCAAGACUGACAUGUUCCAGACUGUGGACCUGUGGGAAGGUAAGGACCUGGCAGCAGUGCAGAGAACCCUGUCAGCCCUGGGCAGCUUGGCCAUCACCAAGGAGGAAGGCACAUACAAUGGAGACCCUAACUGGUUCUUCAAGAAAGCACAGGAGAACAAGCGAGAGUUCAGCGAUGACCAGAUAAAGGCGGGCAAAAAUGUGAUUGGGUUACAGAUGGGCUCCAACAAGGGAGCCAGCCAGGAGGGCAUGAGCUAUGGAAGACCCAGACAGAUCAUGUAAAAUCACUGAGCCACCAGUAUCCGAAACCUCUUCAGCUGCCCCUUCCACCCAAAGCCCGGGAUGCCCCUUAAACCUGCUUGGAGCCUGUAAAUGUUUAACUGGUCCACUACAUCUCCCCUCUUUGCUUUAGAAAUUAGGAGUUUCCCAAGAGCUAAAUUCCCUCUCAAGUCUUAACACUUGCCUUUAACCCCUUCUUUACCUGCUUGUACCGGUACUUAUCGCAGAGCUCACCAUGCUUUGUCUUCCGCCUGCAGUUACGACCAGUUCUAACUGAUUGUUUGAGUUAUCGUAAAAAUGACCAAAGAGUUGCAAUGGAGGUAAACCAAAUCAGAGAGAUCACAUACCGAAAGUUGAUAUAUACUUUUAUUUUACCAAAGUUUAAGAAACCACUCUCAUUGACACCAGCAAUUGAUCACAGUCAUCUCUGAUGCAUGACAGAUGAAAUACUUACAUCUGUUUCCUAGAUUUCAGAAAUGAAUACUGGGCUUAAAUUUUGUUUACACAAGUUGCAGAAGUGACAUUCUUUCCAAAUUGACAAGCACAGCUACUGUGUACCAACAGUUUUUUCUGUUUACUAUGACAUUGUUCAGCAUCUACCACUUCCCACAGUGCUAUGCCUGCUGUAUCAGCGCCAAUAUUUUUGUACAUUGUCUUAUUAAAUGAUGACUUUGAAUUACACAUCUGAAAUGACUUCGUGAUUAUGGGUAUGUGAGUGUUUCGGUUUGGUCAUGUUGAGAAACGAGAAGGUUAAAGAUAAGUAGCCGAAGUCCUGAACAAUGAAGAUGUGAAUAAAAUGAUGGAUGACCAUCACGCAAAAUCA